GCUUUGCUUUCGUCUCAUUCGUGCUGUCCAAUCAAGCUCCACUAAAGCGAGGCACCGCCAAGAUCAGAUUGUGAGAGACGCUGCUGUAGCAAGGCUAACGGAAAGUCGAUAGGAAAGGCUAGCGAGCAAUCUGUUAACCUGUAAGGUGCACCGGGGUCUGAAUAGUGACUGGCCGAGGAAAAGUCUUUUUAACCCAAAGCAUACCUCUUUUCGGUCCUUUGGGAUCAUGGCUAAAGAUGCUGGUCUAAUUGAAACCAAUGGAGAGCUGAAGGUUUUUAUCGAUCAGAAUCUGAGCCCUAGUAAAGGUGUCCUGUCCUUGGUUACUGUCCAGCCCUCAGCUGCCCCUGUGGCCAAACAGCUACUACCCAAAACCCUUGGGCCAUCCAAUGUGAACGUCGCUACACACAUGCAAAAUGUGCCACACAUGGUGAUUGGAACACCCCAGAGGCCUACCGUAUCAAACACCAUUUUGGUAAACAGUCCACACACACCCAGUUCCCAGUUCCUCACACAGAGUCAACCAGCCGAUGCCUCUCCUUGGUCAUCAGGAAAACGUGGGAAGAAAGGGGAAAAGAAUGGGAAGGGCUUGAGGCAUUUUUCCAUGAAGGUGUGUGAGAAGGUGCAGAAGAAAGGAGUGACCACGUACAAUGAAGUGGCAGAUGAACUGGUGGCAGAAUUCAGCUCAUCAGACAACCACAUGUCACCGAAUGACUCACAUGUGUAUGACCAGAAGAACAUUCGACGACGUGUUUAUGAUGCACUUAACGUGCUCAUGGCCAUGAACAUUAUUUCUAAAGAGAAAAAAGAAAUCAAGUGGAUUGGUCUACCCACCAACUCAGCGCAAGAGUGCCAAAACCUAGAGGUGGAGAGACAAAGGCGGCUGGAGAGGAUUAAGCAGAAACAAUCACAGCUUCAGGAGCUCAUACUGCAGCAAAUAGCUUUUAAGAACCUGGUUCAGAGGAAUAGGCAGACAGAGCAGCAGGCAAACAGACCUCCACCUCCCAACUCCAUCAUCCACCUUCCUUUCAUUAUUGUCAACACCAGCAAGAAAACUGUCAUCGACUGCAGCAUCUCUAAUGACAAGUUCGAGUAUUUGUUUAACUUCGACAGCAUGUUUGAGAUCCACGAUGACAUCGAGGUGCUAAAACGUAUGGGCAUGGCCUGCGGCUUGGAGGUGGGAAAGUGUUCUCCAGAGGAUCUGAAAAUCGCACGUAGCCUGGUGCCCAAAGCUCUGGAGCCUUAUGUUAUAGAAAUGGCCAAAGGUCCCAUCAGUAACGUCUACAUCACUGGAGGUUCCUCUGCUAAUGGAGCCCGUUACCCUGCAAACAGUGAUGGCUGCACUGAUGGCACCAUGGCGUCCAGCUCAAACGAUUCUCACUACAGCGGGUCUCGUGUGGAGACUCCAGUGUCUUACAUGGGGGAUGACGACGAUGAGGAUGAGUACGAUGAGAAUGACGAUGAAGACUAACCUCCCUACACCUUGCCACUCCAACAAGCACAGUCUUCAAAACCACCCUCACCGUGGGAAUUUAGUCCACUGUCGUGUGUGCUUUUUUUUUUUUUUCCCCAAAAAAACUCCCCUCCGCCCUGUUUCCCUGUAUUUCUGUCUGGCUUUCUCAGGGGUGUCGAUGAAAAUUAAAAGAACAGAGGUGUUUGCACCCACCUUUUUCUGCUCCUGAAUCACCUGCACCACAGCUCAGUGGGAGGUGUCGUCCAAGGGAACUGUAGUCUUUGUCCCUGCCACCUGAAGUCUUUAUAUGUCUAAUCCACUUCUUAAUAAGCCAUCCCACUAAAAAGCAACUCUAAGGCCUACUGCUGUUGGAGAAUGUAUAAUGUACCCGUUUGACUUAUAAUAAUUUUUUUUCUGCAGUUGCAUAUGGCAGACAUGAUCAAAAUGUUCCAAGGUGGCCAAAGUGUCUGCUGUGAGAUGUGUUGUUAGUGCAACACCAUGGAUUCGGAAUGGCUUAACACAGAUGCCACUGCAUCACAGGAUGGGGCUCCAUCACAUCUCGUCAUACUUUGUUUGUUUUGUUUUGGUUUUGUGUUGUGGGCAAUUUGAAAUGGUUUCCCGAUUGUUUUUGGGCUGGCUUCCUUCUGUUCCGUAGGCAGCUGCUUUCCUGAUCUUCUUUGCUAGUUUUAUUUGUAUUCCAGAGUUGAGGAAUUCUCCAUCACCACCCUGUUAAUGCCUUGGUAGUGUUUACAAAAUAAUGGCAGCAGCGAGGUAAAGACUUUCAUAACCCAGGCUCCUAGGUAAAUAAGCUUUCUUUGUUAAUUACAUAUAUGAAUCCUACAACAAUUGUAGCUUAUAGUUUCCUUUAGAGGCCAGUGGUAAAGAUAGACCUACAAAAAUUAUUGAUGUAACAAUGUGUGGUUGUAUAGGUCUUUAUGUACACCCUUCAAAGAUCUCCCUUUUAAAACUGAGCAACACGUGUACUGACUCUUCCAAAUACCUUUUUCUGUAAUCUAAUAUAAGUUUGCAAAUUAAAUAUAGAUUGUUUUAAUAA